GCUGCUGGCCUCUAGCUGCAAGGGGGAGCUGGCUUCAACGAGAUUGUACACGUACCGACCGAGGCGCGUGUUCUAGGCAUUGUUGUUUGCGUCUCUCUCUCUCUCCCCUUCUCUCUGCUACCUUCGCUUCCGGUUCCGGGAGAGCAAGCUCUAUUAAUAUGCGCACUGAACGAUCGACACGUAUACCAGAGAGGCUACAAGCUAGGGGGGGAUCGACAAGCAAUGGCGAGGCCACGGCGGCCGGGGGUUCUCCCUGCCACCCUCCUCCUCCUCUUCCUGGCCGCCUCCGCCGCCGCGCCGUGGCGGCAGUACGGCCUGGCCGCCGUCGCCGCCGCUCCCGACGGCGGCGGCGGGUUUGUGGGCGUGAACGGGACGCAGUUCGUGAUGGGCAGCGGCGGCACCAAGACCGUCUACUUCAGCGGGUUCAACGCGUACUGGCUCAUGCUGGUGGCGUCCGACCCGGCGCGGAGGGCCAAGGUCGUGGCCGCGUUCCGCCAGGCGUCGGACCACGGCCUCAACCUCGCGCGGACAUGGGCGUUCAGCGACGGCGGCGAGACGCCGCUGCAGGUGUCCCCCGGCGUCUACGACGAGGCCAUGUUCCAGGGUCUGGACUUCGUGAUCGCCGAAGCCAGGCGGCACGGCAUCUACCUCCUCCUCUGCCUCGUCAACAACUUCCACGACUUCGGCGGGAAGCGGCAGUACGUCGCCUGGGCGAGGGAGGCCGGCCACGGCGGCCUCGCCACCGCCGACGACUUCUUCAACAGCACCGUCGUCAAGGGAUACUACAAGGACCACGUCAAGGCGGUGCUGACGCGGGUGAACACGGUGACCGGCGUGGCGUACCGGGAAGACCCCACCAUCCUCGGCUGGGAGCUCAUGAACGAGCCGCGAUGCGACGCCGAUCCCACCGGCGCCAUGGUGCAGGCGUGGGUGGAGGAGAUGGCGCCGUACGUGAAGUCCAUCGACGGCGACAAGCACCUGGUGACGGCGGGGCUGGAGGGCUUCUACGGCGCCGGCGCGCACGAGAGCAAGGACCUCAACCCCUGGGGCAUCUACUACGGCACCAACUACGUGGGCACCCACCGCGCCGCCGGCGUGGACUUCGCCACCAUCCACCUCUACCCGGACGUCUGGCUCUGGGGCUCCGGCGCCGCCGCGAAGCUCGCCUUCCUCCGCAACUGGACGCGGUCGCACGCCGCCGCCACCGAGCUCUACCUCGGCAAGCCGCUGCUCGUCACCGAGUACGGCAAGUUCCUCUGGGAGGGCGUCGCCGGCGCCAACCGGACGCAGCGGGACCGGUUCCUGGACCUCGUGCUCGACUCCAUCUACGACUCGGCGGCGGAGGGAGGGCCGCUCGUCGGCGGCGCCUUCUGGCAGCUGCUCGACCCAGGCAUGGACACGCUCAGGGACGGGUACGAGAUCAUACUCCCCGAGGACCGCCACGCCGCGGGCAUCAUCGGCAACCACUCCAGGCAGCUCGCCCAGCUCAACGGGCAGGACGUCGACGCGGUUCGCCGGAGGAGGAGGAGGAGCGCGCGUAGCAGGAAGGUGCACGUAGGUAGCUCGGGUAGGAGUAGCAGUAGUGAUACAAGGCAGUUGCACAUGCUCUUGGUUCGUUUCAUCUCUUUGUUCAGAUCAGUUUCUUCACUGUUCAGCAGUGUAUAGACGGCCGUAGAGAAUUUUACUGUGCAUAUUUACAGG